AUGUCGGCUAUACCUAAUCUUCCUACCGAUACGCCUGGUAUCCAUGUGAACGGCAGUACGAAUGGUAUGGCUGCAAAGUCGUCUUUCAAGCUCAACGAUGCGCCAGUAGAGAACCUACGGCGUCUGAGAGUUGUCGUCAUUGGAGCCGGCUACUCAGGCAUCUACUGUGGUAUCCGUAUACCAGAAAGAUUGAGAAAUGUUGACCUGGUCAUCUAUGAGAAAAAUGCUGGCGUUGGAGGAACCUGGUAUGAGAACAGAUACCUUGGUUGCGCGUGCGACGUACCAUCACACUCAUAUCAGUACACAUUUCAGCCGAACCCGAACUGGUCGUCACUCUACGCCCCGGCAGCGGAGAUUCAAUCGUACCUCCAGGAUGUCGCGCAGAAAUACUCGGCGAAUAGGUUCAUCAAGUUGCGUCAUCAGAUUGAGGCAUGCCACUGGGAUGACAAAACUGCGAAGUGGAACAUUACAGUGAAGAAUCUUGCCACAGGCGAGGUGCUGAAAGACCAAGCGGACGUACUCAUCUCAGGAAGGGGUAAUCUGAACACGCCUUCUUGGCCCGAGAUAGAAGGCCUGAAUACAUUCAAAGGCGAAGUUAUGCAUUCUGCAGUCUGGAACCAGAGGUAUUGCACAUUUCCGCAGCUAGUCUUGAGUAGCAGAUUGACUAAGUUUGGGUACAGGUAUGACUUUGAAAACAAGCGAAUUGGUGUUAUCGGCUCCGGCUCUUCUUCUAUCCAGAUCGUCCCUUCGUUACAGCGACUACCAGGUACACAUGUCAGUACCUUUGUGCGUAGCAAGACGUGGAUAUCACCUCCUUUCGGCCAAGAGUUAUUCAACAAAUACGGCUUCAAUGGAUCGACAAUUCCCCAGGAGCUUCGUGACCGUUUUGCGAAUGACCCCGAGUAUUACUACAAAUUCAGGCUUACGGUCGAAGAAGACGGAAACGGUAUCCACGCUGUCACAAUGAAAGGGACUGAAUUGCAACUGGGCGCAAAGGACAUGUUCCACAAGCACAUGAAGGAGAGGCUAAAGAGCAAGCCGGAUAUCUUCGAAGCGCUCUUGCCAUCGUUUUCGCCAGGAUGUCGCCGUUUGACGCCAGGGCCAGGCUACCUAGAAGCACUGACACAGCCCAACGUAGACUUUGUCACAUCGCCUAUAACGCGCAUCUCCGAAUCUGCGAUCCACACAGCUGACGGUAAAACGCAUGAGAUUGACGCUCUUGUAUGUGCGACAGGCUUCAAGGCAUCUGCUCCACCUCCGUUUCCCUUGACCGGCAGCAAGGGUCUUUCUCUCACCGAAAAAUGGGACAAGCGCGCUGUCAACUAUCUCUCGCACUCCGUCGCCGGGUUUCCAAAUAUGUUCACAAUGCUCGGACCCAACGCUGCGAUCGGCUCUGGCAGCCUUACCACCAUGAUCGAAACAGUAGGCGACUACAUCAUCAAAUCAAUCCGCAAGAUCCAAAAAGACAACAUCGCAUCCAUGACCGUCAAAGAAGCGCGCGAGAAGGACUUCAUCGAAUAUGUUGACGCCUACUUCGAAGGUACAGUCUUCGCCGACGAGUGCCGGAGUUGGUACAAAAACAAAGGUACUGGCGAGGUCGUCGGACUCUGGCCUGGCAGCACAUUACACUGCGUUGAGGCAAUGCGGAGUCCGCGCUGGGAAGAUUUCGACUACGUCUACCUGGAUGAACUGGAGGAUCGGGACGCUGGCAAUGAGCUACAUGGUGUGGGUAAGAAAGCGAAUAGAAUGGCUUGGCUGGGUAAUGGGUGGAGUAUUGCUCAGAUGGAAAACAGAGAUUUGGGUUGGUAUUUGUACCCGGAGUUUGUAGACAAGCCUGUUGCGCCACUGCCAGAGAAAAAGGGUGUGUAUGGUGUGAGGCCGUUUUCGUAUUGA